AUGAAGUCAUUCACUUUAGUUUCAGGAUUUCUAUUUGGACUCAUCUCUCAAAACUCGGCAGCAAUAACCAGAUUAGCUGAACCUAGCGCAGGUCUAAAAGUUGUCUUUCAUGGUGCUCUAGGCGAUUCUGCUACCCCAGUAACUUGGUCAAGUUCUUCACUAGAGAUGCAAGCAAGAAUGGAAGAAGGCGAAAGACUUGCGUUACAACCACCUCCAAAGAUGUUGGAGUCUCCUCUAUCAGCAAAAGAUGAAGAAUCUUUUUUUGGACCAAAAGACUCUUUGGGACCUUCUAAAUCAGAACUUGUUCAACACCUCGAUGUAGAAUCUGAACAAUACAAGAUGAUGCGAUUGGCUCGUGCACGAAUCUUGAAGGGUGCUGGUGGUGGUGGUGGACACGGUGGUGGUGAAGGUGGUGGUGGUAGUGGUGGUCAUGAAGUUGCAAGUGGGAGACCUAAUGACAAAUCAGAUGCUGCUGGCACAGUCACGUCUACCGCUUGUGGUGGUGGCAGUGGCAGUGGGGCGGCAGAUGCCACCUUCUCCACAAAAUUGACCUGGGUAUUACUCGCUGGAAAUCUUGCUUAUUUGAGGCGUUUAUUUGAUCAUGCGAGAUUUUGA